AACAAAUUAAUUAUCGCCCACCUUUUUUCAAAUUUCAAGUUUUCUCCAACUUUUGCUGUGUAUCUCUAGUUUUAUGCAGCCAAUGCAAGAAAUUAGUUGUGCGUAAUUCUAAAUUUGUAUAAGGCUUUCUUUGAGUUAACCGUUCACCACAAUGUCAAAGAGGAAAGUCACCUUUGAAGGAGAGGAAAACUUUGAGAUUCCGGAUGCAGACCCGCCAAAAAUCUCAAAGAAUGAAGAUGAAUCCAAGGAGAAAUCUGGACGUUUCAAAGACAAACACUCCCUUGACUCUGAUGAAGAGGAUGGGGGAGAGAAAUAUGAACUGAUGAAUGAAGAUGAUAUUGAAGGUCAGGAAAAUGCAACCAUAGACUAUGAUGAUGGUAUCAAGAUCACACCAUUUAACAUGGAAGAGGAGCUAGAGGAAGGUCACUUUGAUACACAGGGAACUUACAUAUUCAAGAAAGAGAAAGAAAUUCAUGACAAUUGGCUGGAUGAUGUGGAAUGGCAGAAAAUAAAAGAAGUAGCGAAACCUGCAGAUGAUGACAGUGAUGAAGACGAACAGACAGAAUCUAUAGACAAGAUCGCCAUCUAUAAAAGCAUGAUAGAAUUAAUGAAACCUGGAGAGAACGUGAAUAAAGCGUUGAGAAGGUUGGGCGGUGGAAAAUCAAAUAUGUCCGCCAGCCAGCGAUGGAAGAAAAAGAAAAAAGGUGAUACAAAUACAGAAACUGACAAAACCUCGACAAAAAACACUGAACAUUUAAACCAACUGACAGGUUUUGCAGACAAACUACUUCAAAAUGGCCAUUUUGAAAUCUAUCAGGACACUUACGAAAAAAUGCAGUUUACUAUUAAAAAGGCUGAAGAUGAUGAAAAUGCUAAAAAGACUGCUAUUCCCGAAGAUAUGGAUGAUGAUGAUGCCCUUGAUAUGUUUGGUGAUAACUUGGAUAAAGAUAAUAAAGAUACCAAAGGUGAUACUGAUACUAAGGCAGAGGGCAGAGAAACUAAUGGUGAAAGUGGUCCAGUGAAAGAGAAUCCUACACAGUCUGAUACUAAUACGGCCGAUACUAAUGAUAAACCAGAAGAAACAGCUCCCAACAUGGUUGACCCCACAGCUGAAGUGACUUGGGAAUACAAGUGGAAGGAAGAAGAGGAAGAACUCCAUGGACCUUUCACAAGUCAACAAAUGCUCGACUGGACCGAAGACAAUUAUUUCCCCGAUGGGGUGUUAUGUCGGAAAGUUGGAAAAGAGACACGAUUUUAUAGCUCAAAACGCAUAGAUUUUGAUCUUUAUACUUAGAAUCUGAUUUAACGCCUUGGAUUAUUUUCUGGAUUUCAAAAAUGUGCAAAAUCAAAUCUCAGGUGGAAUUCCAAGAUGUAAAAUUGUUUGUCAUUAAAGAUUCAUAGUACUAGUUAAAAGUAUAAACUAGGUAACAAUGACAAAUAUAGUACACUAUGUACUAAACCAAUAAUAAUUGAAUAAUACACAUGUUAAAAA